AUGGUUGAUAAUUGGCCGUAUCCAUAUAAACAAACACAUGCUUCAAGCAUGGAUUUGCGUAUUGAAAAUGAUUCGUCCACUUAUUUAGCUAUAAGUCCGGACGGUAUUCUUGCAGCAUCUUUUAAUUCCAAAACUAAAAAAAUUAUUAUUCAAGACGUGAAAGAAUUAGAAUCUUAUCAGACAAACAACAAAGUUUACAAAUUUGGUCCUCAUGAAAUUAGUAAGGUAGCUAACUUCCCAAAGUGUUCUAUCACUAUAAAAUGGGAUAAAAUUAAUGAGCAAGAAUCUAUUUCUUUGGCCAUUUCCAAUUACGCAAUAAUCGGUGAAGAUUUAGUUGCAUUCAUAGCCUUAUCUCGUUUUUGUGACAAUGUUAUGAGAAAGAAAGUUGAUAAAAAUAAAAAUAAAAAUGACGAAGAAAACGGAUUGAUUUCCAGUAAAGAUACUCCAGUAGAAACGUUUGUGUUUUCAACAAAAACACGUAAGCGUAUCAAAACUGUUGCAGACAAUCACGGUGGACUUGUUAAAUUUUUGAAUCAUAAUUUUCCAAAGGAAGCCGAUCAAUCGAACGGAUCAACUAAUCUAAUUGUCAUGAACGCGUAUGGAAUUGCAAAAGCAUUCAUCGAUCAUAAAGAUUGUCACAUUAUUGAUCAAUCUAAAUAUAAAAGAACUUGGGUCGCGAAAGAAUAUGAAUUUCCAACAAUAAUUCAAGUUGAAAUUGAUGAGCUAACGGAGAAAUCUACUUGUACCAAUCUUUUAGAUAAGAUCUUUGAGAAUAAUUAUUUAUUUGUUGAAGAUUAUAAACAUCAAAUAAUUGAAAUGUAUAAUUUAAAAUCUAUGGAUUUAGAAUUGACAUUUCAAAAACAUGGUGAAAUAUUUCCAUCGCAAGAGCGUGGAGAUUAUAUUUUUUCCAUUUCUAAAUAUGGCAAACUAUUAGCAUAUUGUAAUGGUACAAAGAAAAUAACGAUUCAUUUAAUGGAAAAUGGACUUGAGGUUACAAAGAAAGAAUUUACUGACGCAAUCAAAAUCCUUUCAAUUUCAUUUAUUGACGAUGAUGAAAGAUUAUUAGUUGUCACUGAAAAUGUUAUUGAGGAAACCUCUGAACAAGUCCUUGAAGAAAUCAUUGAAAAAGACACUGGAGAAGCAUCUGAAGAAGCAUCGGAAGAAGGAACUGAUGAUACCAUUGAAGCAUACACUAAAGAAGCCAAUGAUAAAGCCACUAAAAAAACUACUAAUUAUAAAGCCUCAUAUGAGGCUAAAUCUCCAACAGUUUAUAUUUGGGAUCUUUACACAUUUAUAAAUGAUGUGCGAAAGAUUGACGACGAGUCAAACAUUUUUGGUUCCUUACGAAAAUCUAAUAUUCGCUCGAUAGCUUGUUCAAGUGGAACAAUUCUCAUAUCAUUACCGGAUGAAAAUAUUUGUUGUGGAUUGUCUUAUGUUAAAAGCAAAUUAAAUUCAUCAGAAAUAUCACCAAUUAAUCAACAAGCUAAAAAAGAACAAAAUGGACCAGUCUUCGUUAAUAAAGAACCUUGGGUUCGUACUGAUAAAAGUAGACAACAACUUUAUUAUCUUGAUGAAAGUAAAACAAUUCAACUUAUAAUUGGAGAAACCACGGUGCAAGUUUGGAAAGAGAAUAAAGGGCAUGAACUGGAUUUAAAAUAUAUUUUGAGCAAUCUAGACGGUAAACAAAAGAUUGAAUUUAAAUCACUUAAGAUUGGGAAUUGUGAAUUUUCAAUAGAUUUGUUAUGUUUUGAUACAAAUGAAGAAAAUAAUAUAGUGAACGAAAUGAAAGAGAAUAUUCAUUGGCCAAAUAAAGCUCAUGUCCUCAAAGAUGCAUGUGUUGCUAUGGAGUACCUUUACAAUCGAAGAUAUGAGCCCGUAGGAUCAAGUAAUUUAAGUAAAUAUGAAGAAUUUGUUACAGGCACGGAAAAACUUAUUAAAAGAUGCAUCAAAGAAAAACCGGGUUUAUGGAGUUUAUCUGAAGUUCGUUACGGAAUCAUGGCUAAUAUCAUUCGAUCUAAGAAUAUCUCACUGUUACAUUGGAUUCUAUUCGAUUAUGAAGCAGAUAGCAAAAAACAAGUUAAAAAAAGAGUUAGUCGUAACUUGCAUAUUCCAAGUCAAUAUGAAUGGACUAUGGAAAUGAAAAUAAGUGAUUUGAUGAUUGCGAUUAACCAAACUUUAGGUGAAAAUCGUAGGGAUAAAUCUAUCGUUGCUAUGUUACUUGAAUAUUAUUCAAAUAAUGCAGAGAAAGAUACAGGUUGGAUGUUUACAUUAACAAAGUCACUUCCUUCUCUUAGCGAUCACUUUGAACCUUAUUUAAAGGAUUUAUUUUACAAACCUUGCUUUGGAUCUAAAGAAGAACUUGUAGAUUCAAAAUUUAUUUCACAAAGUAAAUUGAAAAAAGGAUUUAUAUCUGAAAUUUGUUCUUUAAAUGUGAGACCACGACUUUUAAUGAAACCAAAUGAUUCUUCAUUUUGGAAUAAAUUAAAGUCGAAGAUUUUUGAAAGAUCAAAAGUGAUCGAUGAAAAAAUUGCAAAAUUAACGAUAGUACGCGUAGUUCCGUUACCAGAUUUUACGGUUUUUCCAACUAAAGCGACAGAUAGAACAUAUAAUAAUUGGAUGAUUCCGUUAAAGCUUAUCAAAAUUAUAUUUUUACCAAGACUUUAUUUGGUUAAUGAUAAAAGUUAUUUUAGUCCUUGUCUAGAAUUUUUAAGUAAAAAUAAAAAUGAACAACUAUAUGAUAAUCCAUCAAUGGAAGCUUGCAUUGAUUUUAAAUGGGGAGCAGCAAGGAAUCAUUUCUUACGUCAUUUUGCAUUAUUCAUAGCUUUUUCGUUCACAUUUGCAUACGUUUCUGGAAAUAGCGAAGGUUUUGCAUUUCCGAGAGUAUUGUUUUUUUAUCUUGGAUAUUACCUUUUGGCGACGGAAUUAGUACAAUCUAAACAUGAGGGUUUAAAAAAAUAUUUUAGCAUAUAUAAUUUACUUGAUCUUGCAUCAAUUAUUCUUGCAGUAGUAACUAUGAUAAACUUUGUUAUAUUUCGAUAUAACGAUAAUGAUCAAAAUGAAAAAAAUGAAAAUACAGAUGAAAUCAAAAAUGGUAUUAUUCUGCAAGCUUUUGCGAUCUUACUUUUAUGGUUAGAAUUAUUAUUACUGACGAGGUACUUUAGGGGUACUGCUACUUACAUUCGAUUGAUAUUAAAUAUUUUAAAGGCUAUUUUGCCAUUCCUAGUUUUUAUGGUAAUCGCAACCGUUGCUUUCGGACAUGCAAUGCAUAUUAUAUUAAAACAACCUGAUCUUAUUGAUUUGAAACCUAACGGCGAUACAUAUAAAUUUGAAGUGGCAAACUCAACAAAUCCAUACCUUGAAGGCCUUACAAUAAAACAAGUCAUUGAUAUUAAUGAUCCUAUGGAUAAUUAUUAUGGAAAAUUGAAAUAUUCUGCUUUAGGUGCUUAUUUUUGGAUCCUUGGAAGAUGGGAUCAAUUAGAAAAAUGGGAUUUUUGGCCAAUUUAUGUAAUUAGUAUAGGCGCUAGUAUUUUAAUAGUCAUUAUCAUGCAGAAUUUGUUGAUCGCAUUUAUGACGGGUGUAUAUGAUAAAGCAAAAAACAAUGUAAGAACGGCGGUGUUAGGUUAUAGAGCUAAUUUAAUUGCUGAUUAUGAAACGUUAGAAAAACCGUUUGGCAGUGCAAGAGGGAACCCGAGAUACAUUUAUUAUGUUGGUAAUGUUGAAUAUCAAGAGAAAUGGUUGCAUAGAGCUGAAAAAUAUAGGAAAUUGUAUAAAUCAUUAUUAAUUGAAGAUAUUAAUUAUCUAUUAUCAAAAUGUACUAAUGAUUCAGAUGAUGAUAAGAAUUUAAAUGUAGCAAAUAAAGGUAAAGAUGAUGAUCAUGAGGGUAAUACCAACAUCACGAAUAAUGAGCUACACUUUAAAUUACAAGAUGAGAUGAAGAAGUUACAAAUAUCAGCAUUACAAUAA